AUGUCUACUGCAACCAGCGACAGCGAGGGGGAGGGGCUGGUGGGGACGCCCGCCGGGAUCAAGCGUGCGGCGCUGGUCUGCCUCCAGGCGGCGGUGAAGGUCGACCCGCGCUCCUUCCACCAGCACUGGCCCGCGCUCCUGCAGGGCAGCAGCGUCCCCGGGAACCAGCAGACUUCGUCCGUGGUCAGCGCGCUGGCACACGACGCCUCGCCCCGAGUCCGCCUCGCCGCGGCCGCCAGCAUCGCCACCUUGCUGCAGGGCGUCGCGCAGGCUGCGUACUUGGGGCUGGCCGAGGUGGCACCGGGAGGCAGGACGGCGAGGUGUGUCGAUGGGUUGAGAGGAGGGCAGCGUCCGUACCUGUCCCCGGCAUGGGCAAGGGCUGCAGGCGUCAACACAUGGUGUGCCAACAUUGCAGCGGGCCCCAACCAUUCUGAGCAAAUCCUGAUCCCCAGAUCACCCUUUUAUUCCUCCCCCCCCCCCCCCCACCGCUUCAUCCCACUGUCUGAGCGGAUGGGCCACCUGGUGACACGCCUCCACUCCCAGCUGCUGGCCGCCCUCUGCUCAGAGAGCCAGGCCCGCGUGCGUGCCGGCACGCUGAGGGCGCUGGGCACGCUGGCGGUGGGCAGCCCGUACUCGCGCCUCCCGCCCGAGCUGGCCAGCGAGACUCUCGAGGCCGUCCUCUCGCGGCUCACUGCGCCCCCCCCCACUGCUCAAGACCUGCCGGCUCUGCUCACCUGCCUAGCCGCGGUGGUGUGCCACACCGCCGGCGUGCCCUUCCCCUGCCCCGCCAUCCCCGCCGCCACGGCCGCUCUGCUGCGCCUCGCCGCGACCUCAGCACCCGCCCAGCAGCUGGACGCCCUGAUCACACUGCGCGGCCUCGCGGCGCGAGAGGGCGGGGCCCUCGCCCCCGUCCCCUCGGCCCUCGAGUCGCUGCUUGCAGCGUUUGCGCCGCACCUGCGUGAGGCCAGCGGCGCCACCGCCCAGGCCGCCGCCCAGAUGCUCCGCCUGCUGGCCGACGUGGCCGCUCGGGACGCGCAGCGCACCCAAGCGGUCUUAACCCUGAUCCGUCGAGCCCCUGCGCUGCAUCUGGGCGCCACAACCCCACCACCGGUGGCCGCGCCCGAGGUGCGGGCGGCGCUCUGCACGCUGGGUGCCGCCCUGUGGCCCGCCGACGCCGAGCUGGCGGAGCGCUGCGUCCGCGCGGCACAGGCAGACGACGCGUCGGCGGUGCGCUCCGCUGCCGCGCAGGCCGCGGCGGGAUUGGUCGAGCGCUGCAGGUCGGAGCAGACCCCGGCCGCAGCGACGCCGGGGGGGCAUGGCGAGCAAACGCUGCGUGCUGCGCUGGACGCGCUGGGCACGCUGGGCCGCGACCCGGUGCUGGCAGUGCGGCUCGCCGUGGCCCGAGCGCUGGCGCCCGACCUCUGCGCCUGGCAGCCGGCGCUGCUGGCGCUGGCGCUGGCCCUUGGCGCCGACCGGCACGAGAGGGUGGCGAGCCUGGGCUUGGAGCGCGCCGCCGCAUCCCUCCGGCAGCGAGUGGAUGCAGAGGGGCGGGGCGCGGCGGCACGAGACGCACCCGCCCUGGCGGCGUGCCUGGCGGGCGCGCUGCGCCCGACCCGGCCCUUCAAGGUGCAGUGGGCGGCCUGCGGCCUCGCCCGGGCCCUGCUGGAGGUUGGCAGCAGCGCAGGUGAAUGCGUGGCCGUGCCAGCCCCGGAUCUCGUUCCGCCACUGCUGGAGGGCGCCCUUUCCUCCCCCAGCGAGCGCACCCGGGCGCUGUGUGUGGAGCUGCUCAGGACGGCCAUCCCCCAGAUGACGGGGGGCAGCCUGGUCCUGGUCCUGCAGCGCCUAACAGGGGCGCGCCAGGGCCGUCAGCUCGCAGGCAAGCUUUGA